AUGCAUUGUCAAGUCUUAAUUCAUCAACAACGAAUUAUCGCUCGCUUUGGAGGAAGAAACUGUUUCAGCAGGUUGGAAUGCAUUUGGUAUUUCCUCUCCCAUUAUUAUUAUAAAGGUCUUCAUAUUUCAAGAUAAUUACGUGUGGGUAGAGGAGUGGCAGUCAAUAAGUUUGGAACUUUUUCAUUUAGUCCUCCAGACGUAAUUUUAGAUGGAGUAACAAAUCCAAUAGAUAGAUAUAAAUAACCUCGUUAACCUGUUUUCCUUGUUGCUAAAGUAUUUUACCUUGCUUAAAAUUAAAGAAAUGUGUUAAUGGUUUUAAUCUCAAAACUGCUAUAGCCAGUAGUCGAUAAUUAAGACCUUACCUUAUAAAGUUUAAACCUCUGGAAAAAAUUAACAUGCAAUUGUUAAUUGGGCUUAAAUUGCAAUUUAUGCUUAAUAGAAUUAGGAUUCUGCUAAGAUGCUGUUGAAAGAGUGUUAAAAUCAUUAUCAGAUAUUGUGUGCGCAACGUAUUUUGGCCUUCAUAUAAAUAUAGAGAGAUGUUGUCGAAGUAGAGAUACCAUGUAUUGGAACUUUCUUUGUGAAAGCUCCUUGUGCCGUUUUAUAGUUUCUUGA